AUGCGCCAUAUAAGAACGACGCAGCUGCUUUCAAAACGUGCGCAUUCUUUUCGAGGAUGCCAUUUCUGGUACUCCACGGGAAGACGUCCAGUUGAUCGAGUUGAUCACGGGGAGGCGGAGCGAAGGAAAAGUUUACGUCGUCUGACGAAGAGCUGGAACACAAACGUACGUGUUCAUAGUUGGCAAGGAUACAAGUUUGCUAUUUUUAGGGCAUCCCAAGAAUCGUCAAGCUCCCUCAUCCCUAUCGUGACCUGCUACGCAAGUCGUCCACACCCUUCAUCUGACUUUGCACAGCAACUGAACUUAACUGAUUCCCAUAACAUGGUUGUGUCAAGGCAGGGCCAGGCGCCAUGCGCGUCAGCAAUUAAUGCAUUGCGGGCAUCAUUAUUGCAGCGCGGGGCCUACAUUGCGAAUGUGGAGGUUAAAGAAUCCAUCCCUGGCCAAAGAGGCCUGUAUGCUACCAGCGACAUACAGCCUGGGUCUCCAAUUGUUCGUAUACCACCAUCUAUGUUGAUUACAUCAAUAUCAGCACGUCGAGCACCUCAUGUUGAAACAGUAUUGUCUGCCGUUGAAGCAGAUCAAGUCCACGAACGUCUACCGGAUGCCCUUAGCGAUGCUGCUGCGAUUUUACUAUUUCUUCUGGCGGAGCUUGCAAAGCGAGACGCGAGCGGGUGGAAAGUUUGGUUCGAUUCACUUCCAACGCGUUUUACGACGCCGCUUUGCAUAGAUUUGGAAGAUGUUACCGACUUACUUUCAGGAACGACGGUUCUGCCUCUCGUACAUACACUACGAGGAGAGAUAGACGAAAUGUACAAGGAGUGGUUUCUUCCUUACGCCGUCAAUCGCCUACCCGAAACCUAUCCGGCGGAUUUUUGCACAUUUGAAACUUUUAUGCGCGCACAUGCUGUCAUCGAAAGCCGGGCGUUCAAAAUCGAGUCCGUAACUAUGCUAGCUCCGUUCGCCGACAUGGCGAAUCACCAGCCAGUCGAAUCUGAAUGUCGAAACGCAAAAGCUCGCGGGUGGAUCGCCGUCGACUCUCCGGAGUCUGUGGUGGACCGAAACGUAUCGGACCUCGGCUUAGAGCUUCACGUCGGUGACCGGCUAGUUCGGCAAGGGGAAGAAAUAUGCAUUUCAUACGGCGCAUUGCCCAACUGGCAACUGCUCCUUCACUACGGCUUUGCUAUGCCGUCUAACCCCGCCGAUUCUGUUCUACUCUCACUAUCCAUUCCGGAAGAGGACCAGUCACAGCUGUUUACGUUAAAAAUGCUCUUCCUCAAUCUCCGCCCCAUGGAUUUGGACGUGGAUCACAAGCUCACGAUCAAAGAUCCCCUACCAAAUGGUCUGGUGGCUUCGACACGACUUUUGUUACUGGACAGCAGCGAGACGACAUCGCUCUCUGUUAGCACGGCGGAUUUCGGAAAGCCCAUCAGCGCCAGGAACGAAAGCGCCAUGCUGAAUGAACUACGGAGGCUCGUCAAGUCAAUGAUGAAUGGGUUUGAGAGGAUUGUGGAAGAAGACGGACAGAGGGGCGAGGGGGACUCAUUCCUGUCCUCGUGCAACGUGUAUGUGAGUGGGCAGCGGGCGAUUCUGACGGCGACGCUCGACGCAAAGGAGAUCUGCCCCUUUCAAGGCCUCCUGCGAAACGUGCAGGCUCUCCUUGGGCUUGGUAGCCUUUGCCCAGGUCCCGGUCUCCCCCUCGGGUAUGGCGCAAACGCGAAAGCAGUGUUCGCCUUUCCUGACAUCUGGAUGCAAACUCGGCGGGUGAAUCAUGAGCAAGCACGCGCCCUCAAAAUGCGCACGGACGGCGUCUGCCAAUCGGGUGGGAAAGACACCGAUGCUUGUGUCCUCGGCGAGGUCGUUUCCGAAGUAUGCGCCGACGACGCGGAGAUUGAGCUGCGCGGCGCGGCGCUCUGCGAGAAGAAGGGCAGUCUCGGCCGCAAUGUCUGCCUCAACGUACACGUGUACAGUACAGCUCACUAUUUCGUUUUUCGUCUGCGUCGACAACCCCGCCCUCUUCCGACUCUGACACCCCCCACUUGCUACCUCCGCCCUCAUCCGCCCUCCGACUCUCUCCUUACGUCCACAAUGACCGACGACGUAAUCGACCUCGUCUCCUCUGACUCCUCCCCACCCCCAACGCCUGUGCGCAAGCGCCCUCGCGUUUCCCUCCCCGUCCCAGACAUCGCCUCCUCCCCCUCCGACGGCGAGCUGCAAAUAGUCUCGCACGUCGUCCGCGGCGCCUCGGAGACCUACGACCUCUCGCAGGCGGACCCAACCCCCACCCAAACGCCCAACAAAACCCCGUCCAAGAGGCCCACCAACCCCACCGACGUCGAGUGCGUUGGCACGCGCGUCGGCGUGCGCGCCCUCGUCGAUUACCCGCACUUCCGCUUCCAGUGUGUCGUCGAAGCCUUCAAGCGCCAGCGCGCCGCGAAGAAGGAGCGCUACUGCGCGCGCUGUUUCUGCUACGUCUGCGACAUCCUGGCCUCCGAGUGCAAGGAGUGGCCCGCGCACGCAAAGGCCGUCGACAACGUCCACAAGUGGCGCGUCGAGCGAGAGUCCCGCUUGGAGAUGCGCCGAAGGAGGAAGCAGGCCGAGUCCCCCACCGCCAGGCGCCCCGCCAUUGCGCGCUACACGCGCCCCGCUCCCGUCGCCGUCCGACUGGAUGUGCCGCCAGACCCACCAAGCCCGGUCGACCUCGACAUCGAAAUGCUGGAGAGCGAGGGCGAUGAGGAGAUGCCAAGGGUCGACCACUUUGACGACGCUGAAACUUUCGACGCAGCAGACGCCUUGGCCACGGUUGACAUUGACCCGGAUUGCUUCACCUUCGACAGUUUGGCGCGAGCCCUUACAGAGCCGCACACGGAUGGCGCCAUUGCGCUACGCACCAGAAAUCGCUCGAGGAGACAAACCACGCGCGCGGGGGGGCUCAGGUAG